ACCCUAAACCUUAUCUCCAAUUACACCAAUUAUUUUAUUUGUUGUCGUCCCAAUCAAUUCAACUGAUCAGAGUAGAUUAAGAUUUUAACUCCCAAAUAGAAAUGGCCGCAUUUUUCAGUAUAAUUGAAUCUGCAGACGGCAAAGAAACACAAAACCAGAAAUGGAAGGCGGGGCGAAGGGCAAAGUUUGUGUAACCGGAGCCACUGGAUUCGUUGGCUCAUGGCUCGUGAAGAAGCUUUUGGAGAGUGGCUACUCUGUCAAUGCCACUGUAAGAUCCGACCCAGAGAAGAAAAGAGACUAUAGCUUUCUCACAAAUCUACCCGAAGCAUCGGAAAGACUCCAGAUCUACCAUGCCGAUCUCGACGAUCCGGACAGUUUUGGCCCUGCCAUUGAAGGUUGCAUUGGAGUCUUUCAUCUUGCUAACACAAGUCAUGGGGACAAAGAACCUAUCGAAACAGUGAAAAGAAGAACAAUCGAUGGAGUAUUGGGGAUCUUGAAAAUUUCCCUGAAUUCCAAAACAGUGAAACGAGUUGUAUACACUUCUAGUGCAUCUUGUAUACUGUUUACUCCCAACAAAGUGGAUUUUUUGGAUGAAAGCUGUUGGAGUGACGUUGAUGUCAUUAAUGGUCAAGUACCAUUUUUAAGAUCUUAUGCAAUUUCCAAGACAUUGGCUGAAAGAGCAGCUCUUGAGUUCUCCCAACAACAUGGAUUGGAAGUUGUCACUGUUCUUCCAACUUGCAUUACUGGUCCUUUCAUUUGUCCUAAGCUUCCCGGCUCUGUCGUGAGGACACUGGCUCUGCCUUUCGGUACCGAGGCAUUAUAUGGAUUCCUUUUAAAUAUAAACAUGGUGCAUGUAGAUGAUGUGGCCAGAGCACACAUUUUUCUUUUCGAACAUCCAAAUGCGAACGGAAGAUAUGUUUGCACUUCUCACAAAAUGACAUUGGAGGAAAUGGCUAAAUUCUUUUCAGCCAAAUACCCAAAAUUUCAGAUACCAUCUCUUGAGUCUUUGAAAGAUGUCAAAACCUAUGUCAAAGUCAGCAAUCAUAUGAUCUCGUCGAAGAAGCUUUUGGAUACUGGUUUCGAAUACAAAUAUGGGAUUGAUGAGAUAUUUGAGGGAGCAAUUCAAAGCUGCAAAGAAAAGGGUUAUCUCUAGCUUUUCCUUAAUAUAUAUUUAUGAAAUAAAGUGAGAAGUGAAUAUGAGAAUGUUGCAAAAAGAUACUAAAAUGUGAUGAUAUGGCUUGACUUGUGUUUCCAUGUAUCAUCUGACCUCACUAUUAUGCAUGCUCGAACUUCUGUUUUAGAAUAAAAUUUUCACCUCUAAAUUUUUCUA